UCUAGCUGCACUCGGUAACUCAGCUGUCAAAAAACAGGAAGAAUGUGUAUUGUUUUGUUGCUUCGCUUGUGUUUUUAAGGCAGGUUCGGUUACUUAAUUUAACCAAACAGAAACAAGGUAUGCCAACCAGGAUUACCACAAGUAAACACAACAUAACCAGGCCAGACUAAUGUUAAUGAUCAGUCCAAGAAUGGCAACAGGAACACAGGAGAAACAGUAUCCUCCAUUGUUGUUGAAUUUCUUCGUCUAUAAUCCCAAAUUUGGACCAAAAGAAGGCGAGGAAGAAAAGAAAAUUCUAUUUUACCACCCGAAUGAGGUAGAGAAGAAUGAAAAAAUCAGGAAUGUAGGGCUGUGUGAAGCAAUUAUACAGUUCACCAGAACCUUCUGUCCAACAAAGCCUGCCAAAUCUUUACAUACUCAGAAGAACAGACAGUUUUUCUGUGAACCAGAGGAGAAUUUUUGGAUGGUUAUGGUUGUACGAAAUCCCAUGAUAGAAAAAAACAACAAAGAUGGGAAACCUGUUGUGGAAUACCAAGAAGAAGAAAUACUGGAUUCCGUCUACAGCUCAGUACUUCGGCAGUGCUACAACAUGUACAAGCUUUUUAACGGCACCUUUGCUAGGACUAUGGAGGCAGGAGGUGUGGACCUGCUCAAACAGAGACUUGAGAAGUUUUUCUACAGGUACCUGCAAACUCUACAUUUACAGUCCUGUGAUCUGCUGGACAUUUUUAGUGGAAUCAGCUUCUUCCCUCUGGACAAGAUGACAUACUUGAAAAUCCAAUCCUUUAUGAACAGGAUGGAGGAGAGCUUGAACCUGGUCAAAUACACAGCUUUCCUCUACAACGAUCAGCUAAUAUGGAGUGGUUUGGAACAAGAUGACAUGAGGAUCCUGUACAAAUAUCUGACAACAUCUCUGUUUCCACGCCAUUCAGAGCCUGAGUUGGCUGGAAGAGAUUCCCCAAUGAGACUGGAAAUGGCUGGAAAUCUUUUGCACUAUGGGAGGUUUCUUACGGGACCCUCUAAUCUAAAGGAUCCUGAAGCAAAGUUUAGAUUCCCCAAAAUAUUUGUGAACACAGAAAACACUUCUGAAGAGCUUCAUUUGAUUGUAUAUAAGGCAAUGAGUGCGGCAGUGUGUUUUAUGAUCAACACCUCUGUGGAGUUGACGAGAGAGUUCUGCGAGCAGCUCGACAGCCUGGUCGGACCUCAGCUCACUCUGCUAGCCUCAGACAUCUGUGAGCAGUACAGCGUCAACAGGAGGAUAUCAGGGCCAGAAAAGGAGCCUCAAUUCAAGUUCAUCUACUUUAACCACAUGAACCUGGCUGAGAAGAGCACCAUCCACAUGCGGAAAACAGCCAGCGUCUCCCUAACCUCCGUCCAUCCAGAACUGAUGAAGAUCCUAGGGGACAUUAACAGCGAUUUUUCAAGGGUUGAUGAUGAUGAAGAAAUUAUAGUAAAGGCAAUGACUGAUUACUGGGUUGUUGGCAAGAAGUCUGACCAGAGGGAAUUGUACGUCAUUCUGAAUCAAAAAAAUGCCAACCUAAUAGAAGUGAAUGAGGAAGUGAAGAAACUUUGUGCUACACAAUUCAAUAAUAUUUUUUUCUUAGACUGAAGAACAGAAAUAUAUUGAAGCAGAUGACUUGAAAGCAUUGCUGACUAAAUAUCUAGUAUUAAAAAAAAGUUACAUCAGCUAUGCUGAUUACUAAAACACCAAUAUUAGUAAUGCAAUAAUUGUAUUGUAAAAAUGAACUGAAGUGUAAUUUUUCACAAUUUUUAGAUUUUUAUUUAAGUUAACUAAUAGCUAAUUGGCUUUCAUUAAAUUCCUGUAAUAAAGAUUUUACUGUAAAAGAAAUAUGAAACUGCAUUUAUUUUAAUCAUAAAGGCUGCAGUAAAAUGUUUUUGAAGGGUUUUCUAAAGUUCAUUCUAUAACUUCAUUAAAGUCAGGACUCUUCUAUGUAUUUCUUUAACAGACCUUUGUUAGAUAAUGUGCAUCAUGUUCACACUUCAUGGCUUGUAAACUGCCAAGCACUUUGAAUAAAACGAGAAAUUCUAAUUGUUUUGCGACUCCCGUUUUACCUGUCAAUCAUUUUAAACACUACAUCCUGGACUAAACAAUCAUAUUGUUGAGUUAUCACUGGUAUAAAGAGCUUGGUGGUUUACCAGUUAUCAUCAUGAAUAAGUGAUUUUGAUUUAGAAUUACCUGUUCUGAGGUACUAACAUGGAGUAUUAUUAGGACAUCACCAGACUAAAAACCUCCCAACGACAGCUGCCUUACAUACAUACCUUUACUUAGUUCCACUUUGUGUCAGAGGCAUCUCUUGGAUUUAUGUCAUGUGUCAUUCGUAGUUUGUUUCAGGUGUAACUCGAAUUUUGUAUAGGCUAUCAUGCAUAUUUCCUAUCAGAUGUCAUAAAUGAAAUAGUGAUUCCUUAUUUAUUCUCUGACAAACAUUGCCCUCUUGUGGAAUUAAGCUGUAAAUACAGUCUAUAAAAUAAAGGCAUGCAAAUCUCAUUAAAUGUAAUUCCAUCAUCAACCAAAUAAAAUUUUAUUUGCAUGAGACCAUUUCAGCCCAGGCCGUGAAAACCAUUACAGUAUAUUAUCAGUUUCUAGUUUAAUUUAAUUUUCAUUUUAAGUGUGAAAUGAUUACAGCACCGUAGGGCAAACCCACUGCAAUUCAACAUCAUGUUUCCAUGCGCAUUCUGAAUAUACCUGGGAGUCGACCCUGCUGUCUGCAUAGUUAAGUGUUUAUUUGCAUGGUUGAUCCUGAAAAUAAAUGGAUGU